CAGCCCGUCUCUCAAACCUUCCUUUUCCUAUUGAAGUAGCAGCCAUGAGCAUGCUCAGGCUCCAGAAGAGGCUGGCCUCCAGCGUCCUGCGCUGUGGCAAGAAGAAGGUCUGGCUGGACCCUAACGAGACCAACGAGAUCGCCAACGCCAAUUCCCGCCAGCAGAUCCGUAAACUGGUGAAGGAUGGUCUUAUCAUUCGCAAACCUGUUACGGUCCACUCCAGGGCCCGCUGCCGCAAGAACACGCUGGCACGUCGCAAGGGAAGACACAUGGGAGUCGGUAAGAGAAAGGGUACCGCCAACGCUCGUAUGCCAGAGAAGUUGUCCUGGAUGCGUCGCAUGAGGAUCCUGCGUCGUCUGCUGCGUCGCUACAGGGAGUCCAAGAAGAUCGACAGGCACAUGUACCACAGCCUCUACCUGAGGGCGAAGGGUAACGUGUUCAAGAACAAGCGCGUCCUGAUGGAGCACAUUCACAAGCUGAAGGCUGACAAGGCCCGCAAGAAGCUGCUGGCCGAUCAGGCCGAAGCUCGCCGCUCCAAGACAAAGGAGGCUCGCAAGCGCAGAGAGGAGCGUCUCCAGGCCAAGAAGGAGGAGAUCAUCAAGAACUUGUCCAAGGAGGAGGAGACCAAGAAGUGAUGUGGCUCCUGCCUCACUCUGCCAUCAGGUGUUGACAAUAAAAGUGUACAGAAAGACA